ACUCCUCUAACCGCGUAAAAGAAAAGUAGGGUGGAGGGAAGAAUUUCGGACGACGAAUACCUCUUCAAGGCAAUCUAUCAAUCUCCCUUCAGACAAAGACUCUGCCGGAUCCGAUCUAUCAGUUUAAGCUCCGGGCGGCCUCCUCUUCUCCGAUCCCAAUAUAUACAUCGACAUGAGUUUCCUCUUCGGCAAGAAAAAAACUCCCGCAGAACUUCUGCGGGAAAAUAAGAGAAUGUUGGACAAAUCUAUUAGAGAGAUAGAGAGGGAGAGACAAGGUCUACAGACGCAAGAAAAGAAACUAAUCGCUGAGAUCAAGAAAAGUGCUAAGCAAGGGCAGAUGGGAGCGGUGAAAGUAAUGGCCAAGGACCUUAUUAGGACUAGGCAUCAAAUAGAGAAAUUCUAUAAGCUCAAGUCACAGCUUCAGGGUGUAUCUCUUAGAAUUCAGACACUGAAAUCGACGCAAGCAAUGGGAGAGGCGAUGAAAGGUGUAACAAAAGCGAUGGGCCAGAUGAAUAGGCAGAUGAACUUGCCAUCAUUGCAGAAAAUUAUGCAAGAAUUUGAGAGGCAGAAUGAAAAGAUGGAAAUGGUGACUGAGGUGAUGGGUGAUGCCAUUGAUGAUGCCUUGGAAGGGGAUGAGGAAGAGGAAGAAACUGAAGACCUAGUGAACCAAGUUCUUGAUGAGAUUGGAAUUGACGUCAAUCAGGAGCUUGUAAAUGCACCAUCAUCUGCUGUUGCUGCCCCUGCUGCAAAAGGUAAGGUUGCACAAGUGGAAACGACAGGGAAUGAAGACGGUGGAAUAGACAGUGACUUGCAGGCAAGGCUAGACAAUCUGAGAAGAAUGUGAUAGCGGAAUAGACAGUGACAUGCAGGCAAGGGUCGACAAUCUGAGAAGAAUGUGAUCUCUUUCCUAUUACUCAUGUAAAAUAAUGAUUUUAGCUUUAUUGUUAAAAGCGAGAAUGCCUUGGGGCCGUGUAAUGUAAUAUCUAUGAACACUCUGCCAGGAGUUGUUUACUUUUGGUUUGGUGACAGUUGUAGAUUUUAAUAAACAAAAAGUUCUGAUGAUGAA